AUGAUUGGAAUUGGGGUGGGGGACCGUGCCAAUGUCCGGUCCGUCCCCAGCGACGGCCCGAAAAUCAUCCAGGCGCCUAAGGCGCCCAGUAGCCGUACCGGGCAGGAGAGGCCCACAGCCACCACUCCCAGGAUAGCAACGCAUCCACCCCGCAGGGGGCCCGUCGGAGGAAUGCGGGGGGAAAGCCCCCCCCACCCAGGGUCGACCCGAGGGGGCCGGCGGCGACAAGACCACGGACAGAGGCCGAACCACCCCACACCCAGGCAGGCCGCAGAGGCCCAGGGUCUCCGCACCCAGAGCCCGCCAGCGCCCAAGGGCAGGGCCAGCCCACCACCGGGGGGAGCAGAGCCCCCCCAGACCGUCCACCAGGGAGGCACGGCCAGAUACCCACCACCGUCACCCCCACCGCCCCCCAGAAGCCGACCGCACCCCCCCUCCCACCCCAGCCCACCGGUGAUUGAUUUGGAGGGCCAUAUGUCCCAUUCCCACUCACCCCCGGCCAAGAAGGGAGCAACCCGUCCAGGCCAGGGACACGCCAUGGCAUCCCAUGAGCGCCGCCGGGGUGGAGGACCAGAUACCCCCACACCCGACCAGAAGACCCCGGCCCCGCCCACAGCCCAGGAACAGUCCAGACCAGGCCCACGCUCCACCCCAUCUCCUACCCCAAGGGUCCCCAAAGCAAGGCGCCCCCCCGCGUGCCCCCCACCAUGCCCCCCCCAAGGGACGGAGGACGCACAAGUCCGCUCCAGAGCGCAGCAGGAGCACAGCAGCGUGUACCGCCCCGCCACCCCGGAGGGCAGAACCCAGGGAGGAUCACCCCCCCCCCACUAUGGGCCAACCCCACCCCCCAGCGCCCCGCAGGCCCCAGCGUACAGAGACCCAGACCCCCUACCCCCACCCGCAGUGCGGCGCCAGCCCAGCCCCAGCCCACGGCCCACCACCCCCAACCCCCACGGGCCCCCCAGGCCAAGGUGGCAGCCCCCCCACAAAUCCACCCCGACCCCCGUAGGGCAGACCCACAGCCACCGAGGGACGGUAGACCCAGGGCCACCAACCCACACAGACCACCAGACAUCCCCAGUCCCCCAGAUGCACGGCCCGCAACACCACGGACCGACCAGGGAAGACACAGUCACCAACCCGCCCUAG